AUAUGGAAGUGCCAAAUAUGCCGUAAAGUAUAUUAUUGUAGGGUUACUGACGUAUGAUGAUGAAGCUUUCUAAUUUUCGAUUUUCCGACGAAUGCAUCAAUAGGCUUUGGUCUUCAUAUCGUUCGUGGCAUCAACUUUACUUCAAACAGGUGUUCUGAUGUUAGGCACCAGAUUUACAUGGCUUAAAUCUAUUUCAAGUGGACCUUAUGCCAUCCUAUUUUCGAUCAUAUACCAAUACAAAACUUUGGUGCCACCCAGCUAUCAAGUAAAAAUGCUCGGAACAUCGUUAAGUGAUAAAACUUAUGUAUAUUUUGCCGCGACGCAGCUCUUCUUGUCCAACCAUAAUUCAUCAAUUAUACCUUGCUUAUGUGGAUUGGCUAUUGGAGCAGUAUAUGACAAUUCUAACAUUUUAAAGCGAUGGCGCUUCCCACGAUGGCUUAGAAGAUUAACUUCAAAAUAUAUAGUCCCUGUGCUUGGUACAAAUAAGCCAAGUUCUGGAACAUCUCUCAAUAAUGUAUCGAAUUCAGUCCGGCCACUGUCUGCGUCAACUGCCACGACAAUGCCAAAUGUUCAGUCAUCUUCUUUGGCUCGAUCGCCUACAGCACCCAGGUCAUCACGUUCCUUAAAAGAGGAAGAUAUUAACACCAUGUUCGCUAUGUUUCCUAAUUAUUCUAGAGAGGAUAUAAAAAACGCCCUGAUUCAGUCUAAUUCUAAUUUAAACAGGGCAGCUGAAAUCCUAUUAACGACAGAACCAAGUGCUGGUAGUAGUAACAAUAAUAAUAGCAGUCAAUAAUAGCAAUAAACUCGCCACUUUCAAUGAAGGAGUAUAAAAAUUGAUUCACUAAGUUUAAACGUGCCCAACG